AUGGAAAGAUGCCUGUGGCUAAAAGUCGAUAUUUUUGUAGUGAACCUUGGUCAUUCUAAACAAGAAUCCUUUAAAGGUAUUGAAGAGAACUUUCAAAACAAAUACACUUCUUGGUCUUCUACUUCUCUUACUCAAGCAGGCAGGGGGACUAUGAUGAAGUAUGUACUCAACUCUAUCCCAAUUUAUCAAAUGAGCACUUUCAAGAUACCUACACAGGUUCUCAACAAGCUUACUUCCAUUCAAAGGAAAUUUUUUUGGGGAUACAAAUCCAACAGAGGCUUAAACCCCAUUGGAUGGAACAAAGUUUGUAAACCUAAGGAAUUAGGUGGUAUGGCUUUCAGAUAUUUGGAGAAGCUAAACUUGGCUCUACUUACAAAACUUGCAUGGAGAUUACUUAAUGAAAAGAAUGCUCUCUAUACUCAAAUAAUGGAAAACAAGUACUUCAAAAAGAACAAUAUUUUGCAUCAAAAGAUUGAAGCAAAAAAUGGUUCUUGUAUCUGGAAUAGGAUUACUAAUGGUCUAGCUAUUAUUCAACAACAUUACUUCAUGGAAGUCAAUAACGGGAAAAAGACUAAGAUAUGGCUGGAUGGAUUCCAGGUAAUCCUCAACCCCCCAAUUCCAAUGAAUGACCUUCACAGAUUUUAUCAAGAUGUAAAAGAGUUACUUCUGCCUAACUUAAACUCUUGGAAUGUGGAUCUUCUUAAAAAGUUGUUUGAUCAAACUAGUUCUCAGCAAAUACAAGGAAUUUUCAUGGAUUUAAUUAAAGAGGAUGUUAUGAUCUGGAGCCCAUGUAGAGAUGGUAAAUUCACAGUCAAAAGUGCUUAG